CCAGCUUCAAAAUGGAGUGCCUGUCAUCUGGUGCAAUGUUUGGGAACUUUAAAGAUUCAUUUGGAUAUUCCAACCUCAACAGCUCACGUCUUUCUAAAAUAGACUUUGAAUCAAGCCUUUUCAAUGGCGUUGUACUCUCUUAUUGGGAUAAUAUUAUAGGUCCAAGACUAGGCCAUCUUUGGUUGCAGUGCGAGGAAAAAUGCACGGAGGACAGUGUCAAAUAUGUAGUCACACACAAUUUAAAUGGUGAACUGACGCGGCAAGCACCGCCAAAUGCUGUAGAUACAAAAAUUUUUAUCAUCAAAGAACGUGGUCUGGUGUUUUCGUCUUACAUAUUCACUGGUAUUUCCAAAGGAGCCGGAGAAACAUUGUAUUCAUUAAGCUUGUUACUUCCGUUUUCUGCUUUGAAAGAAUACAUGCAGUAUCAGGAGUUAGUUGAUGUUAGAAUGAAAUUACUUGUAGCUAAAUUCAGGGUUUUACAAGAGAAGGUAUGUGAUGGAAUAUGUUUAGGGACUGUCAAUAAUUCAUUUUUAAUCAUGAUCUUAGUCCAAGCUUGCUUUGACCCCCUGCCAUUGUGGACCGUCAAUCCAGGUUGGAAAACAUUAAGGCCUGUUUACAAUUUUUGCUGUGAUUUUAGGUACAAUUUUGUUCUUCUGAUGGAUGUGAACGAGUGGAUAAGCUAUGAACCUUCAGAUGAGGGUAUACAUCUACUCAGAACAUUUAUCACUCAUCUACUCAUUCACAUGCAUCAGAAGAAGAAAAUCGCAGCGAAAAUCGCAGCGAAAAUCGAAGUGUAAACAGGUCUUUAGGAAUGUGCCGGAUAGUCUUUUGCCAGAUAACGAAUAGUAGCAGGUAGUGGGAAAAUGAUAACCGGAUACUGAUUGUUUUUCUCAUAAUACCUGGUUGCUCUGAACUCACAAACGUUAUGUAUAGUUCAUUGUUUUACUAUGCACCUUAUCUCUUUAUUACACUGACCUGAAAUGUCAAGUGUGUUAAAUCCCUAAUUUUCUGUUUUCUUCUGUUUUCUUCAUCGUCGAGAAAUAGACCUUUCCGGUAAUUACGUCACAACUACACAGUUUUCAACUUAGGACCACCUUAAAUGGAAUGGAUUUUAAGUUUGUUUCUCACAGGCUGUGGUCAGAGAAGCAGAACAUCCUUCGUCAACACAUGCAUAAAAAAUAAUUUUGGAUUUUGACCAAUAAAUGUGGAAAUAAACUCAAACACGAAAACAAGGCUGAGGGGGCAAGAGGGGCUAUGGCGCUUCAGCCUCGUUUUCGUGUUUAAGCUUAUUUCCAGAUUUAAUAGUCAAAAUCCAAAAUUUUUUUAUGCAUGUGUUGAAGAAUGAUGUUCUGCUUCUCUGACCAUAGCCUGUGAGAAACAAACUUAAAGUCUAUUCCAUUUAAGGUGGUCCUAAGUUGAAAACAGUGUAGUUGUGACGUAAUUACCAGAAAGGUCUAUCGAGUUUGCGUUAGCAUUUCCAGUGUUCCAGUCGUUCCAGUUUACUAUACAGAUCAGUUUUCAAGAUGGAGGCCAUUCAAUGAGUGACUAUUUCGGUUAUCGUUCCAUGUUUCGCGCACCAAUAUAGGUUUAGGGUUAGGGUGUGUAUAUAUGUAUAUGGAGGUAUCCAGUUGACUUUGCAGUACACAAUAAUAUCCAUUACAUAACGUUUACUAUAUUGGUGCGCGAAACGUGGAGCAAUUACCACUAUUUCAAUCUCAAACAAUUUCUUCAUUUGUCAACGAAUUUUACCGCUUUUUUCUGUGGAUUUUGGAUCUAUAGUUGACUUGGCGGGUUUUUUUUCGUGCAACGUCUCUGGAAAUGCGGUAUCUGAACAGCUGAGUUUUUCGAAUUUUAUACGUUUAUACGGACUCACAGAAUGUAAACAAUGUUGUCUACGUUAGCGCAUAGCAUGCUCAGAGACCAUGAGCAUUUAUGGAUAACGUUUGUAUUUGUGAGUAAUACGUAAGUUUGUAAGUUUGUGUUUCAUUGGACAUUACGAAAACAUCUCCUGAGGAUCACGCCACGCUUUUAGCCUUUCACGCUUUGCGUUUGCGGUUCACGAUUUGUAUUCUUGUCUAUUGCACCAUAGCACGUAUGUCGUCAUUUUCAGGUCAGUGUGAACGCCAGAGCAGGCGUCUUGUUUAAGAAAUAGAAAGCGACUCACAUGCAAUUUAUGCCUUAUGGUGCACACACAAGGAAUGUUGGGAGAAAACGAUAGCGAGCUUCUCGAGUAUUCUCCCAACAUUCCCCGAAUGUAUUAUCAUGUCAUAAACACACAAGCCAAUUUUGUCUAUUUCUUUUAUCAUAUAAGAAGAUGAUAUUACCCAAUAAGCAAUCUUAAUUCGAUUUUAAAAUUCUCCUAGCAUGUAAUCAGUGACGUCAUGUGCAUGCUUUUACUCAUUGCUUAAGGUGGAGUAAUACGAGCAACAAAAUCACUGCAACUUGCAACAAAAUCUGAUUUCUACGCAUGUUUAUAAUUGAAAAUGUUUACACAUACAUUACAAAUCACAAGGCAACAUGUGUCAACAUUUCUAGUUAACUUGCGUUGAAAUCAGAUUUUGUUGCAAGUUGCAGCAAUUCUGUUGCUCGUAUUACUCCAGCUUUAGUAACAAACUUGAAUUUUCAGGCAGGAAUGAAAAACACAUAUCGUACAUUUUUGAAAUUAAACAGGGGGGAACUGUUUAAUUAAAAAAGACCAAAAAGAAACCAUCCUGAUAAGGAGACGAAUUUGCUGUAAAAUAGUUUUGCUGCAUCUUGCAAGCCAGAUUUAGCACUGCAAAAUCCACAUCAAGUUGUUUUGUUUUCAUGCUGAAAUUAUCAUUAACAGUGAACCAAAAUAUACCAGACAAGAACCAUGAAGAAGAAUAAUAAUAAUAAUAAUGGCUUUAUUUGUAGUACAUCCACGAGGUGGCUCUUCGCCUACUAAUUGCAAAUGCAAAAAAUAUAUACGACUAUGUACAAUACGUUAGGAAAUAGUAAAUAUAAGUAAUCGUAUAUAACUACAGUAUGUACAUGCUAAAAUAUAUAUUACAGUAUGAUAUUUAUAUAAUUAAGAAGUUCUCUCUGCUAGGUGGAUUUUAACUUUGCUCAAGAACUGCGCAAAGUUACUUUCGCAAAGUACCUGCCUCCCCGAUAUCUAUCUGCGAAAAUUCACUCGAAUCACAAUAAAAAAUCACUAAAAUCUCGGAAUAUAAAAAAUAUAUUGAUAAACUCUCGCUGUUUUUUCCCGCUCUCUGGCUCGUACACAUAAUUAGUAUUCCAUGUGCUCGCUUGUAGCACACGCGAGAUGUCCACGCAAUUAACCGCUCAGUCCUGACAUCACUGCAGUUUCUGAGUUCAGCAGGAAGUUUAUUAAAAACCUGUGCCGCUUGAUCUUGGAAUGUCCCUAUCUCUAGUUUGCUCACUAAUUCUAAUCUUGGAGCAGUUAGUGACCUCAAACUAUAGAAUUGUACAAUAUAUUGCUUCAAUUUUAUGGGAGAGACGAGAAUCCUCAGAAUAUAUCGACUUAUGUGCUAAUUUUGCAAUACUAUAUUUUAAGCGUUCUUCAGAUCCGCUACUGUGGCAUACCUCGACAGCACUGUAUUACUAUCAGUACGUAGCCUGCGCACAUGUUCUGCACCCUAUAUGUAAACGCUUUAGCUGAUAAUCUGGGACAGCGCUGAAUAGUGAAUACUACGUUACAAUAAUCCAGCUUGGGCAGGACCAAGCUUUCAACCAGCCGCUUACCAAUAUAAAACGGCGCCAGACAUUUCAAGCUUGACCUUUGCCUUUGGUUAUGAAAUGAGUUCACUUUUCCACCAAUCGCAUUGCAGAAUUACGCAGUUUUGUUUUAGUCUUGAAAAGGUUUCAUGCAUGGACCAAUCAAAUUAAAAUAUCAAGAAUUGAUUUCCAUUUUUAGCCAAUCACAUGCGUUGUUUUUAAUGAGGCUGUCAACAGCUUUUAAUUUUCACAUAUCGAUACUGUACCCUGUCACAUUUCAUGCAGCACUCGGAUUUCAUACAGCGCUAGCCGAAGAUAUGUCAGGCAGUUUUUAUUUGAAGCAUUUAAGGUACUUUCCUAGUGAAGUUUGUUUAACUUUUGUAACCUUUUUUUCUAUUUUUUGCGUAUUCCUAUAGCUUUUUGAAGUUUUUCUCGGCUUCUUUAAUUCAAACGGAAAAGCAGCUAUGAAACGUUCAUUUUAUUGCUUCUUGUCCCGUUGUCUCUUGUUGGCUGCUUUUGCAGUUAAUUUUGAAUUCGAACUAUUCUUUCUUGCUUUCUAACAAUUUUGGAUUUAAACCUCUCUCUAUAAUUCCUUUCACAUCAUUUUGCUAAGAAACUGGAGAAAAGCAAGAAAAUCGGAAAUUUUGGUCUUAUUUAAUUCAAAAUCCUUUUUCGUAGUCUUACGUACAGUAAUUCAAAGUCCUUAUUUCAAUCACAUAACUGUCAUGUAAUCCAAUGAGCAUUUAUACUGGAGGGCGGGGUGCAUAUCUUUUUAGGUGGGGUGGGAAAACGUUCUGGUGGGGUACAAAAUAGUUUUGGGGGUGUGCACCCCCUACCCCCCCCCGUCCCAGAAAAUCUGUCUAUAGAAAUUAGUACUGUAGUGCAUCGUUAGACCAUAUAAUGAUACUAAAACUGUCUGUACCAGUGUAGGUAGUACCAAUGUAGAAAUGCUGUGCUGAGUGGUUAUAUUACUACCUUAAAAAAUAAGCAGAAACUCGACGUUUCGAGCGAAGGCCCUUCGUGCGAAGCGAAGGCCCUUUCAAGCGAAGGCCCUUUCAAGCGAAGGCCCUACUAACUCUUGACGAAGGGCCCUCGCUCGAAACGUCCAGUUUCUGCUUAUUUUUUAAGGUAGUAAUAUAACCACUCAGCACAGCAUUCAUAUAAUGAUACGAAUGUAUCGCUUAUAAUAUGAUAUAAUAAUGAUAAUAGACGGCACUUGGACACUGUACACCUCCUAAUUUCUCAUCCAAUUUUCAUCUAAAUGCAAUCAAUUUGUCGACCUUGGGCAUUGUCUUUUUGUCCCACAAAUUUUCGUAUUAAGUUAGCGUGCUCACACACACAGAAAGUCAGGCAUACAUACAAAUGCGGAUGAAAACAUGCUAUUUAUAAUUCUAUAAUUCUUCUUAAUGAAUGUGUUAUAUUCAAUAUAUUGUCUAUAAUAUAAUAUUAUUUUUGCAGGACCUUUUGACUUCAAUUCCUAACUUUUCCAAAUAUUUACCCAGCCUAGUUGGCAUGGUUUCAUCGCUUCAUCUACAUGGCUUAUCUAGUAUGUUUUCUGUAAGUAAACUACAAUUAAUAUCGUAAAUUAAACAGUACAGUUCGGAGUAGUAAUAUAGGUACCGUUCGG